UAAAAUAAAAUGGCGAAGAAGAUGAUUGCAGUGUUGUUGGUGUGCAUUGUGGUGGUGGCUGCAUUGCAGGUUUCGAGUGCCACUGAAAGCGCGAAGGAGGCCAAAUAUGAGGCUAAAUUUGAAGCCAAGUAUAGGUUAUGCUACGAAAAAUGCGAGAAGGAAUGCCUUGAAAAGGGCAAUGGCCAAAGCUUCUGCGAAGUUAAGUGCGAUGAAGAUUGUGGUGAGAAAGAAGCCGCUGAUAAGCUACACAUCAAGGUGAAGAACUGAAUAAUGGAAUGCAAAACAAACAGGGCUCUUAACAAGGAUCUAAGUUUCUCCACAAUUUUUAUUAUGUCAUUUAAAUGUUUUCAUUUAUAAAUCAAUGCAAUAAACUCUUCAUUAAUU